AUGUAUAACACAGUGCCGAGUGCUCGUGCGCGGGUCUUGCAGGUCAGGGAAGAGAAGGAUCUGGAACAAGCUGGGUGGCCGGAGACGCGGGAACACAGUGGCUGGAUCUUGGGAGUGUCAGGCAUCUGCUUCAUUCCAAGCCCAAACUUAACAGGAAGGCGCGUAUUCACCCCGAAGGCAGGGCCGGAGGCAAGCCUGGCUGACCAGCUGGGCUCUCCUCCCAUAAGGGACACCUGGGAGCCUUGCAGGCCGGAGGAGCGGGGGACCCCGCCAGGCGUGUUGCCACCUUCAGGCUGCCAAUCUCAGGACGGUUUAGAGCUGUGGGAGCCGCGACGCAGCGGGCUGUGCAGACGUUUGGGGCGUGCCCUGGGCGCCAGAGGCCGGGCCUCUCCCCGCCCCCACCCGCCCCCGAAGGUUCAAGGACGGCCGGGUGGGGGUGUACUGCGCAGGCACGCGCUGCUCAGGUCGCGGAGCCGCGAGCGUGACCGGGGAGGCGCCUGGAGAGGCCGGGUCACGGAAACCGGUCGGUGGGGUACCGGCUUCUACCUGAUUCCAAGUCCAAAUCGGAUAGAGUCAAUGUUUCAGACUUUGUCCUCCGGCAUUCUAGAGGCAUCUCUCCUGGGGCACUCAUCGCCAGACUGGGUCACGGAGCAUCCUUCCCUAGCUUCCUGUGAACUUCAUGGACCACCCAGAGGGACUCGUAUAUAGAUAGUUACGGUGGUUGGCAAUCACUGAGGCUUCGAGAGGGAAUACAAAAUCUGUUCGUCGUGUGCCACGAAGAUGAAUCUCGUGGAAUCGGGUGGGAUAAUGUGGAAAGUUGGAAGAAAAGGUUAGUAGCUGGCCUGAUCACUGAGGACUGGUCUUCACUCAAAUACAUGUUCCAGACUGACUAGACUGGAAAACCCCUCCGUAUAAUUGGAGAAGCAGAACCUAGAGCUGGCAGGAUGCGAUCCUGAGGGUGUCAGCAUCGAAUCCUGGCACAGGUGUCCUGCAUUCUGGGAACACCAGGUCACUGCACAGAAUGUCACCUUUUGCCAACAGCUGGAUUAGGAGUUGACAAAGAUGGAUUGUUUCACUUGGAAGAAUCACUUUGGAAUUUUCAGAUCAGUCUUACCUUCCCUCAUGGGAAGAAAAGAUUAAAAACUUAGAACUAU